AUGCGUCCUCUCACCGACACGGAGACGAAAACAUUAUUCGAGAAGCUGGCCAACUAUACCGGCCGCUCACUCAACAAUCUACUUACAGACACUCUUCCAAAUCCAAGUUCCAAGCAACCCGAUCGCUACGUCUUCCGCAUCCAGAACUCGCGCGUAUACUACGUCCGGGAGGCUCUGGCCAACCUCGCCACCAGCGUUGCUCGGGACAACCUACUCUCGCUCGGCACAUGUCUUGGCAAAUUCACCAAGACCGGCAAGUUCAGACUGCACAUCACUGCACUCGAUGUGAUCGCCCCGCAUGCGAGGUACAAGGUGUGGGUGAAGCCUAAUGGCGAGAUGCCCUUUCUGUACGGCGGUCACGUUGUCAAGGCGCACGUGGGGCGGUGGAGCGAGGAUUGUCCCGAGCAUCAGGGUGUGAUUGUGAUGAGUAUGAACGACACGCCGCUGGGUUUUGGGGUCACAGCCCGCUCAACAGCAGAAGCACGUAGACUGGAUCCGACAGGUAUUGUGACGUUUAGGCAGGCUGAUGCCGGCGAGUACCUGCGUGAAGAAGACACCCUCUUCACCACCUGA